AUGGUGUCCGAAAGCCACCCCUCCAAAUCAGAUGCCGUCGUCAUUAUUGGUGCCGGUGUGUUUGGCCUCUCAACGGCCUUAGAGCUUACCACGCGAGGGUACACUAACAUCACCGUCCUGGAUCGUUACCUGCCCCCCGCGGUAGAUGGGAGCAGCGUUGACAUUUCCCGCAUCAUCAGAUUCGACUACGGAGACGCUUUCUACAGCAAGUUGGCCAGGGAGGCCGUCCAGCUCUGGGCCACCGAGUACCCCGACCAUUACCAUCAAGCCGGGUUCCUCAUGCUCAAUGAGAAGGGGGGGUUUGAGUACACGGCCAAGUCAAAGCAAGUCGACGAGCAGCUGGGCAAAACCAUCGAGGAGUAUGCUGAUGCCACUCGGAUGCGCUCGAUACGCCCGGGCAUACCCGGCAAGCUGGAAGGAAUGAGCGCCUAUUACAACCCAAAGGGGGGUUGGGCAGACGCAGCCUCGAGUAUUGCGCAGCUAGCCGCUCGCUGCAGCCUCGCGGGUGUUUCAUUUAUUACCGGCGCAAGAGGCACCGCCGCGUCUCUGGUGUAUCAGGAGUCCGGGGUUGUCGGGGUCAGGGUUGUGCGAGGCCCUCCGAUUCGGGCAUCUCUCGUCAUCCUCGCCACGGGAGCGUGGACAAACCACCUGCUGCCCGUGGGACACGCCAGCUCGGCAUCAGCGCAGCCCGUUGGGUUUAUCCAGUUGACAGAAGGAGAAGCCGCGCGCUUGAGAAACAUGCCCGUCAUGAUCAAUUCCAAUAAGGGGGUGUUUGUUUUCCCGCCCACUCCCGGCUCGAAUAUCCUCAAGGUGGCUCGCCACGGUUGGGGAUAUGCCACGGAGGAGAGGGUUGACGAUGGACAUUCGCCAGCGAGGGUCGUUUCGUGCCCGCGGCGCGACGGCAACAACGCACGUAGUUCCUAUAUGCCGGAAGAUGCGCAGCAAGGACUGAGGGAUGGACUGAGAGAUCUUGUUCCGGAAUUUGCUGAGAGGCCUUGGUCCCGGCUACGCCUCUGCUGGUAUUCGGAUACGCCCGAAGGGGAUUUCAUUGCCGAUAAACAUCCUCGUGUUCAGGGACUCUUUAUUGCUACAGGUGGUUCAGGACAUGGUUUCAAAUUUCUUCCUGUUCUUGGCAAGCUGCUGGCCUGGCCACCUACGUGGUCACAUGGACUAUUCACGGCUCUGUGGCGCCGUCUUGCCGCCGUCCCAACUGGUCGGUACAGGACUGGCAUGAGUCUGGACCAGAGUCGACACGGCACAGAAACGGUAUCCGGUCCGGACGGUCCGCCUCACCUCACAACCCUUCAGACGACGGACCAGGGCCGACGUUCGUGCCUUAUCAGCAAUCCAUCUUGGGAUAAACAUGUUGACCAAAUAGUUCAAAGACGUAUUCUCCUACGGCAUUCAAACUUGGUGGAAAUGGACAGCACUGAAGGCUCGUCAGCUCGGCGCCUCAGGUGCACUAUUAUUGGUGCAGGAGUUUCGGGAAUUUUGAUGGCUUGCAAAAUUCGGAUGCAUUUAGCAGCAUUUGUCGAUUUUCAGAUACUGGAAAACAAUUCCGAACUGGGAGGAACUUGGCAAGAAAACCGAUACCCAGGUUGCGCAUGCGACGUCCCAAGCCACUGCUACCAAUUCUCUUUUGCACCAAAUCCAGACUGGUCCCGGAUGUAUGCAACUUCGUUUGAGAUUAGAAACUAUCUCAAAGCAGUUGCCAGGCGAUUCCGUCUAGACGAAAACAUAUCGUAUGGCCGCAAAGUGGUGUCGGCAACCUGGUCCGACGAAACAAGCACCUGGACUGUCCAGACGAGCCACGGAGACACUAUAGAGUCCGAAAUUCUUGUCAACGCAGGGGGCAUCUUGAAUAAUCCACAAAUGCCAAGCAUAGAGGGUCUGGAUACCUUUACCGGGCCAACUUUACACACCGCCGCGUGGGACUCGUCCGUCCAUCUUGAGGGCAAGACCGUUGCCAUCAUUGGAUCUGGCGCAAGCUCUGUCCAAGUGCUUCCUCAGCUCCAGGCCAAGUGCAAGCAUAUCAACGUGUAUAUCCGCACGCCGUCUUGGAUCUGCCCGCCGGUUGUUGUACCCAAUGCCGGUAACAGCAAUUACACCUACCAAGACGAGGAGAGGGAAUUGUUCAGGAAGGAUGAAGGACAUUACAUCCACUUGCGGAAAGACAUCGAAUCGCGGUUUAAUAGCAUGUUUGGUGCAUUUUUUAAGCUAAACCCAGAGCAACAGGAUAUGCGGAAUCGAUUUGAAGCGCGCAUGAGAUGCAUUAUAAAAGAUGAGGAGCUGCAAAGGCGACUGAUCCCGUCCUUUGAAGCUGGAUGUCGCCGUAUCAACCCGGGGGAGCAGUACCUUAUUUCCAUCCAGGAACCCAAUGUUGAGCCUGUUUUUGACCCAAUUCAACGGGUGACACACACCGGCAUCGUUGCGGGAGGAGUGGAAUAUCCGGCCGAUGUCAUAGUCGCGGCAACAGGGUUCAAUACAAGUUUCCGACCGAGGUUCCCCAUCAUCGGUCGGAAACGAGUCAACUUGCAGGACAUAUGGGGGAAGGAUCCAAUCUCGUACUUUGGAACCGGUGUCUCUGGCUUCCCAAACUAUCUGGUCUACUUGGGCCCGAAUACACCCAUUUCCAACGGCAGCCUCAUGGGGCCGUUGGAAGCAACUAGCGACUACUUUAUUCGUCUGCUCCAACGAAUGAUUAGACAUGGCGCGCUCUCCUUUGACGUACACCCGGGUGCGCAAGAAGAUUUCGACAAGCACACCAAGAGUUUCAUGAAAGGAAUGGUGUGGACGGGCACAUGCCGCAGCUGGUUUAAGCGGGCAGACGACGGCAAGGUGACGGCUCUGUGGCCAGGAAGCUCGCUCCAUUACAUGCAGUGCCUUGCCGAGGACCGAUGGGAAGAUUACGAAUGGAGGUACGACAAGGAGCGCUUUGCGUACUGGAAAAACGGAUUCUCUUGGAUCGAGAGACCUGGCGCGGAUCAAAUGGGGCUGCAAGCACAGCGGUCAAUGGAAGCCAUGACGACUCUGCCGCGCAGCACGUCGGAUUUGGCAUUUUACAUAGGCAAGGCGGAAAACCUCUCGCCGUCGGAAAUGUCAUCAAACGGCGAGAGUCCUGUUGACAGCAUCGAGAACAUCAAGUCUGCCGGGGCAAAGAGCCUGGGAGAGCACGAUGGUCCCGCUAGAGACAAGGAGGUAGCUGCUGCUGCAGACCACUUUUGUAUCACGGUCCCAGUUUAG